AUGCCUACACCAAUGCGGGCGAUUAUGUCUACAAAGCGCAUCGCGCUCCUGGAUAAAAUCUUGCGGGAUGAAUCCUACCCGGAUAUGGGCCUUGUGGACGACCUCAAGAGAGGCUUUGACCUUGUUGGCGAGUUGCCUGAGUCAGGUGGAGUCCUGCCUCAGAAGUUUGUACCAGCUACCAUGGCAGUAGCUGAAUUUAGUUCGAACGCGGCCAGAGCACGUUUUGCCUUGAAGGGGUCCAAUGCAUCCAGCGGAGAUCCAGACCUUGACAUAAAACUGUAUCAGAAAACACUGGAUGAGGUGGACAAGGGCUGGCUACGUGGACCUUUGGAAUGGGCUGCCUUGGAAAGCAAUGCAGUUGUCUCAAGGAGAUUUGGCUUACAGCAAGGCGAGAAGUUGCGGCCUAUAGAUGACUACAGUAUGAGCUCAGUGAAUGCGACAGUCACUGCAAGGGAUCAGGCUACAGCUGACAAUGUGGAUGUGAUUUGUGCGAUGCUACUGCAGAUGAUGGCAGGCUUGAGAGAGCGUGGCAAGAGCACUGUGUUGCGGGCGAGAUCCUUUGAUCUAGCAGCAGCCUACCGUCAGCUUUGUGUUGCACCGACAUCCAAACCCUUCUCAUACAUAUGUGUUUACAACCCACACAAAAAGACCAACGAAGUCUUUGCUCAAGUGUGUCUGCCCUUUGGCUCCAAAGCGGCAGUGAAUGCUUUCAUUCGUAUAGGGGGUGUGCUCUGCAGUCCCGAUGGCAAAGUCGAGCAAUGGUUCCAAAUGCAGUUGAAACCAGAACACAUCGAGCCCUUUAUGACUAAGGAUCAAGAAAAUGCCAUUGCUGAGUUGGAAACGCUCGCAGUUGUCAUGGCGAUGCGUGCUGAAACGGGGAGCGUGGGAGUGAAAGCCAUGGAUUUGAUGAUUCAUGCAGCUGCUUUUGGACUAGGCAUGAAGAAGUCAAACAUCAAACUGCCGUGGGAAAGGGAGCCAGUGAACCCUGUUUUCUACAAACGUCCAAGACUGAUUGCACCGCCAACUUUUGUGGCAGAGGCACCGGUAAUGGAUGACGCAGUUUCGUUGCCUACAGCAGAAGCAGAAGGCCGCCUGAAGUGGUCAAGAAAGACGUCGCUAGUGCCGUGGCCUGUGGCGCAAGAUAGGGCGCUUGCCAAGGCGUUGGAGAGCUGGAGGAUCAUAAUUAUGGAUGAUCUGGAUGGGUCGCUGGUGGGCCGUCAGAUUGCAAAGUCGCUCAGAGGUGAUGAAGGAGCACAACCAGUAGAACAGAUCCUGUCUGAUGCGUUGGCCGGAAAGUCUUUGUCUACACUCCGCGCCAGGGCAUCGUCUCUGAUGGCAUUCGGAAGAUGGAAGAAGGGCCUAGACCCCUCUGCAACCAUUCUUCCAAUUGCAGAGGAGCAGGCAUAUGCCUACGUCAGAGAGCUCAGAGAACUCAAUGCGCCAAGAACGAAGCCAGGUAGGUUUUUGGAAGCAGUUGCAUUUGCUUUUCACAUGCUGGGUGCAGAAGUGGAUGGAACCAUGAGCUCACCCAGGGUCAAAGGGGCUGUGGUGGUACCCGUAGUGAUUCCCAAGAAGAAGGAGCCUCUUACAGUCAAGCAGAUUGCAUUUUUGGAGAACCUGGCCAUUGACGAUUCUGGGCAGCUGGGAAUCUUUGCAGGGUAUUGUUGCAUGGUUUUGCACAUGAGGCUUAGAUGGAUGGACGGUCAGUUCUGUCAACAGGAACCUUUUUUGGAUUUAUUUGAAGGAAAAGGCUUCCUCGAAUGUGGCCUUUAUCACCACAAGAAUGCUGGAAGACAGAAACACUCGCAAAGGCUCCUUCCAGCUGCAUGCAACAUUCCAGGCAUCACAGGCCAGGAUUGGGCGUCAACUUGGCUCCAACACAGGGAGCUACAUGGCCUGUCAGCACAACCUGGAAAGCCGACGAUGCCGGCCCCUCUUGCCGAUGGAGGAUGGGCGAAGGUGCCCCUCGAAGCCGCACAGGCAACUUCCUGGAUUAGAGAGUUGUUGAGAAGCCUGAAUCCUACUGUCCCGUGGGAGUUUUUGGGCACACAUUCCUUGAAGGCAACGAUGCUUAGCAUGAUGGCCAAGGCAGGGUGUGACACGAGCCUGAGGAGGUUAGCAGGGUACCACACAGACCCAGGUGCCCGCAUGCCGCUGGAGUACAGCCGUGACGGGCAGGCGCCGGUGCUACAUGCGUUGCAAGCAAUUGGAAUGGCAAUACAGCACGGGUACUUUGAUCCAGAUGCCUCCAGGGCUAGGCGUUGGCCAAGGAAGCCGUGCAUCUCGCUUGAAAUGGCGAUGAUGGACAUGUCCAAGAUUGCGACCGAAGACGGGUGGUACAAAGCAAACAACCACAAUGAUGCUGGGUUUUCGGAAACAGAUGAUGCACUGCUUUGUGACUGGGAGAAAGUGUCAGAAGUUUCAGAAGGUUACUCUCAGUCAGAACCGGCCGAUGAUCCAUGGACAGACGCUGCAUCGAUGUCGUCAAUCAGUGAUCGUGCAGAGAGACCAGAAUUCCAAGGAAUGGAAUGCAGCACAUCCGACGAGGAGAAGGAAGCCGAAGUCGCGGCCCCAAUUGUCGGAGACUCUCUGGCCAGAGACUUGGAAGUUCAGAUUCAUGUCAGGGUCUUCAAACAUGUGAUCAGUGGAUGUUGUCACAUUGCGAAAGAAUCCAAUACUGACCAUGAUGAUGGUGAUGCAGUGGUCUUGAAGUGCGGUAAGCUAGCUACGCGCAACUUCGAGGAAGUCGAUCAGGCAGGGAUCAACGGUCUCACCAUGGAGCAGUUUGCACCUCAGAGGGCGAAGGCCAUCGGACUUGCAGAUGGAGUUCUGAAUGCAAUGGCAUUGAGGGGUUGGACAACUCAUGCCACGUUUGCCUUUGCAGUGGCAUGCCAGCCGGGAGCAGAUGAGCAAGCGUUCCUGGAUGGAGUAGUUGUUCCGAUUUUAGGAGCAGCUGAGCAUGCCGAAGCUCCAAGGUUGAGACGAUUAUUUUUUGAGUCUCAUACACUUACGUCCGCCGACUUGAGGCGUAAGGUGGACUCGAAUGAGAUGGAAGCACCUCGCAAGCUACCACCACCAGAGAUAGCUCAACGCUUGGACCUCUUACAAGCCAGGAUACACCCACUGAAGAUUGCAAAUGUUUUGGAACCCUCGCACCAGCUGAUCAAUGCCAUAGUUCAGUGCGUUGAAGAUGGAAGGGUGCGCUACGUUGAAUGGUCGAAAUGCACCUCAAGGACCCAGGAGGUUAACAACGUAAAGGAAGACAAUGACAUGCGCAUAUGGAAGGCUGACUCUGCAGGGUCUAUCAAAGCGGCAUACAAGGAGCCAUCCAUAGUGGCCAACCUUUCAACUGAACUGGAUGUGCAUAAUGCCUUGCGCAGAAGAGGCAUUGCAUAUGAGGUGGCCCAAGCCAUGUCAUUCGAGACCCACGAGAAGAUCAUCAAUUUCUUCUUUUAUGAGUUGAAGAAGGAGCCGAUGGAAGGGUUUGCACCAGUUUCAUUACAGCAACUGGCAGCUGCUGACCGUGAGCUUCACAUCAGGCUUGCAGAGAUGACAAGGGCAGGGUUCAAACCGGGCCCGGCAGGUGAACUGCCAUUGGAUCUUCCGACGAAUCAAGUGUUGGAAGGACCGGAGCUCAGGUGGAUGUUGAUGCCGGUCCCAAAACGCAGUGUUGCCAAGGCGCCACCUGAGACUCCAAAGCUGACAAAACCUGUGCAGGAGGUGGAUUCAAAGCGGAACAGGGUCGAACAGCCAAAGAAGAACAAGCAGGAAGCAUUGAGAUUGAAGAGGCUCAAAAGGACCCCCAUGCCGAAGCAGCUCGCAGGUUGCACACCCUGUGACGACGAAGGCAAUGCUUAUUGCUUUGCAUUCAACCUUGGGACCUGUUCAAGUGCCACAGAUUGCGCAAAGGGAAAGCACCUGUGCUGCAAGAAAGGCACUGGUCAGCAGCAGCAGUGCCAUGAAAAAAAGGAGGGCGAAGGCCCUGGUGUGGAUCUUUUGCGAAAGCGCAACAGCUCCGCCAUUUUUGGCGAAAAGCGCCAUGACUUUGGAUCGCAGCCGAAGCGAAUGCGCUCGGAAGUGGUUCAACCUGCAGCCGAAGGGUUUCAGGAAGAAGCGGAAAUGUCCGCUCACAAGUCUUUUCAGAGCCAUCUAAACAUUGAUGGCAACAAUGCGCCUGUGGAAGCACAUGCGAAGCAAUCACCAUUUUUACUUGACUUGUUUUGUGGAACAGCUGGCGUUGCGGCCGCCUUCAAGGCGCUGGGAGGUGACGCUUUGGGCAUCGAUCACAUGGUGGACAAAAGGAGAGUUAAGGCUCCCGUUGCAAAGGUGGACCUUGCACACCAUGAUGGGCAGAGCACCGUUUUGUCCUGGAUACGGGAUGGCAAAGUGGAUGCAGUGAUGUUAGCGCCCCCUUGCGGCACUUCGAGCAGGGCAAGGGAAAUACCAUUGCCGAAACACUGCAGGUUGAGGAAGGGCAUGCAGCCGGUGCCCCUCAGGUCUGACAAGUGGCCAGACGGCCUACCUCACCUGCGGGGUGUGGCGAAGCUCAAGGUCAGGACUGCAAACAAGUUGUACAAGUUUUCCAUGAAGGUUAUCAAGCUUUGCAUCCUGAUGGGUAUCCCAGUGAUUUGCGAAAACCCGAAGAGGUCUUUAAUGUGGCUCACAGAGCCUUUUUCUGAACGGCCUGAGCAGUGCAACUUCCAGUACAUCCACGCAUGCAUGUACGGCAGCAGCCGCAGAAAGAGCACGGCUUUUCUCAUGAACUUUUCGGCUGGAAAUCUACAGACAGAGUGUGAUGGUCUACACACUCACUUGCCAUGGGGAAUGGUAGACACUGCCGAUGGAAAGGGGCGGCAAUUCUCAACGAGCCUUGAAACUGAAUACCCACAACUACUUUGCAAGCAGCUUGCGUUGGCGUUUUUGGAUCAGUUACAACUACAGGGCAAGGCACCUCAACAACCUGAGCAUUUUGAGGACCAACUGCAAAAGAUUGGAGCUGGAGUACAGCCCCGAGGCGCUCGUGCCCCGCUGCUUCUAGGAGAGUUUAAAUUCAAAGUUGAGGUCACUUCAGAUGGUGUGGAGGUCCCAACGGUCAUUGGGCCUGAAGUUCACUUUCCGUUUCAAGGCAUCCCUGUGGAAGCUAAACUGGUUUCUUCUCGAGAUUUUUUGGAACAGGGGUGUGAUGGCGAGAAGAAAAUGUGCAAAAAGUCUGUUUUUGGAGUCUUCAGGUCACCUUGGGAGUUUUUUCUCAGAACCCUGGAAGUGGAGCACCCGUUGGAUAGCCCGCAACUGGUUGACCCGAACGAUUUGAGAGCUAUCAGGUUCAUUCGUGACCAUGAUGCUGCAGAAGUGGCCAGGUUUAGAGUUAAGCAACUCAAGAGGUUCUCACAAAGAGCCAAGGAACUUGCGUGUCAAGAGGCUGAGUUGAAGGCUUCACUGGACGCUGAUGUCAGGACGGUUCUGGCUGACAAGCGGCUUUUGCUUUUCAAAGAAAUGGCUUGCGAGGCAGGAGUGGGUGAUGAAGGCCUGUUUGAGGAGUUGGUGACUGGUUUUUCUUUAACGGGAUCAAUGCCCCAGUCUGGGUCUUUUCCCACGAAGUUGAAGCCUGCACAGAUCUCUGUGCAGCAACUGAAGGAAUCAGCAGUAUGGGCUCGAAAGAUGAUCCACUCGUCUUGCCGCAGGAUUUCAAGUGACAAGGAAGUGGCCCAUGCUGUUUACCAGGAGACCUUACAACAACUGGAAGAUGGAUGGGUCAAAGGCCCGUUUACAGAGGAUCAGCUGGACACCAAGUAUGACAGUUGCUGGAUCCCAUCCAAAAGGUUCGGAGUCAGGCAGGGUCAGAAGGUCCGAGCAGUUGAUGACUUCAGCGAGUUUCUUAUUAACGCGUCAGUGUCCUCAACUGAGAAGCUUCAACUCUUUGGCAUUGACGAGGUCAUCAACACUGCCAGGACUUUCCUGGGAUGCGAAGGCUUGGAUUUCUGCGAAGAUGGUGCCUGGUUGAAAGGUGGGCAAAAUUAUGGCUGUGAGCAGCCGCGUUGGCGUAACCUUAAGGGAAGAGCACUGGACUUGAAAGCAGCCUACAAACAACUUGCUCGUGCCCCCAAAGAUGCGUGGGCGUCCAUCUUAGCUGUCUGGAACGAUGAGUUACAGAAGGUAGAGUUCUUCGAGUCCAUAGCACUGCCAUUUGGAUCCGUUUGUGCGGUGAUGGCAUUCAAUCGUAUGGCACGAGCUUUGCGAAUAAUCAUGUCAUCACUCUUCUUGCUGGUUAACACCAACUUCUUUGACGAUUUUUGUCAACUGGAAGUGGAUGCUCUUUGCGAUUCCUCGUGGCAGACUGCUGAGUUAGUGAUGAAGCUUUUGGGCUGGAGGAUAUCUAUGUCGGAGGACAAACGCCUUCCCUUCGCUCCAGAGUUUAGCAUGCUUGGUGCGGUCGUGGACCUUAGCCACACAGCUCAGGGCGUAGUGAAUGUCCGCAACAAGGAGAGCCGAGUCAAAGACAUUGGAAGGUUGGUUGAUGAGGUCUGUGGCAAGAGCCUUGUGCCCAUGUCCCUGGUGGAAACGUUGAAGGGCAGGUUGCUUUAUGCUGCAGGUCACACCUUUGGACGUUGCACACAGCUAGCCAUACAAAUGGUGUCAAGGCUUGCAAGGCGUGGACCAAUGCUUAUGGUUGACGACUCUUUUAGAGGCGUUCUCAGAAGUGCGUUUGCAUGUUUGUCAGCAGCAAAGCCGCGCGCGGUAUCUGCUUGGUUGAGGCGACCUCCUGUGAUCAUCUUUACAGAUGGUGCAUGCGAAGAAAAUGGACAAGCUGUGACCCAUGGGGCAACUCUUUUUGAUCCCGAGUGCGGGGCAUCUCUGAUGUUUGGAGAUAGUGUACCGCAUGAAUGGGUCGAUAGGUGGCGAUCGCAAGGAAAGAAACAACUGAUUUGCCAGGCUGAGAUUUUUCCAAUUCUUGUGGCGAAGUCGACUUGGCCGCAGCUUAUCUCCUGUCGUGCGGUGCUUUGGUUUGUGGAUAACAAUUCAGCAUUGGCAGCUGUGAUCAGGUCCUUUUCUCCGAUUGUCGAGAACUUUGAAUUGCUUGUGCUGAACGCAGAACUUGAUGUUAAGCUUCAGAGCCUGAACUGGUACAGCCGUGUGCCGUCGAAGUCAAACCUUAGUGACAGUGUGGCACUCUUUACCUUUGUGUGGUACUCCUUCGACAUCGAGGACCUUCACCCGAUCACGGUCAGCAAGCGCUGCCUGGGAGUCACUGGAGGUUCCUAUUUGAUAUCGAAAAACCUCUACAUGAUCACGGCCAACAAGCGCUGGAUGAGGGUUUUGGGCGUUGGGUUCACAGCUGGACAACAGAGCUUGUUGAGAAGAAUUCACUUCGAAGCUGCCACCUUGGUCCUUUCGCAGCUCAAAUCAGCUGUGACCAGUGAUGCCUUAGAUGGCGCCAAGAAGCUGCCGUUUGCAGAGAAGCAAGCUCGCUAUGAGAAAGUGCGCACGAAGAUCCCUGGCUUUUUGACUCAUGGCGAAACGGAACCAUCACAUGUUUUGCUGGACAGAUGCCAAAGCAUUUUUGACACUGGUGCAAUCGUUUGGAUCUCACCAUCAAUGUGCACGAAGAGGGACGCAGAAGUACAAACUACACCAAAGGAUUCACAACAGAUCCUACGUAUCGAGUCACAGACGCUCAAGGUUGGAACAGAUGAGCUCAAGCUGGAUGAUGCAGACCAUGGUUCAGAGAUCAAAUUACAGUGGUGCUUCCAACGCAGAGGAGUAGCAUUUGAGAUGUGCGAUAUGGUGUCUUGGGAUACUUCCCAAAGGUGGCUGGCUACGAUGUUUGCAGCGUACUCAGCAGAUCCACCGCCAGGACCAGCGUCCACAGUGCCUAGUCGAUCAACUGAGGCACCAAACCAAGCACCAUCCACAGUGCAGCCACAGAAGAAGGCCAGACCUGACAAAAAGACCAGAGAAGCCCCAGUGCCUCCUGAUGAGCUAAAGGGCGUCUGGGCAGCCACCAAAGUGCAAGAGAGGAGUUCAUAUUUGCGCAUUUUGUCGCAAGAUAGGAAAAGGAAAUUGCCUUCAGAGGUGCAGGCGAAAUUGAAAGAUGCUGGGAUCACACCGCCACAGCAGCUGCGCUCGGAGCAAUUUCCAAUGGGGCUCCCGGGCAUUGCAGGUUUAGAUUUACACAAGGUGAAGCAGGCCAAUAAACUGUACUUUGCAACAAGGGACUUAGCCCUGUUGGCAAUCUCCCUGGGGAUACGUGUGUCAAUGGAAAAUCCAACGAAUAGCCUCUUUUGGAAGACGGACGAAGCUGAGUAUCCAAAGCUCCUAUGCCAAAGGGUAGCUGCACUCUUGAUCGCUGACUUACAAGCCCGAGGGAUCGAACAGCCGCAUACAAUCACACAACAGAUUGCCCAACGACGCACAACAGCCAUCAAUUCUAUAGCUAUGGGAAUACUCCCAAGAGGUCAAAAGCUCAAACCCCUGGUCAGUGAGUUCGGCCACUAUGUGCAAUUUGUUGUCAGGCCCGAUAUGGAUGCAAGUCGCAUCUUGCCACGGCUCACUAAGGGUUCUCGAAUUACGGACCGGAAACUUCUUACUGGGGGUGACAAACGGGUAUCCGAGCUGACAGGUGAAUCUCUGACGUACCUGGAAGGGUUGAAGGUUAGCGAAGAGACAAAGGUGGAACUCGUGACCUUUGGAAUCCCAAGAGAGCCUUGGGACUUUGUCAGAAAAGCGGCACAGGUUGGACACCCGAGAUUCCUGCCAUACGCCGGUUCUGAACAACUUGAUGACCUGUUGUGGACAAACCUGAACCACCAAGCUUGCGAGUUGAAUGGCAUGAGGCUUGCCUUCUUCAAAAAAUGGGUGACCAGGGCAAAAGAGUUAGAAAAUGAUGAACGAAACCUCAGAGCUGAGCUGGGAGAACAUGUCAAACACGUUUUACAAGGGAAACGAUUAUUGGUUUUCAGGGAGAUACUGGAGGACUUGCAGUUCCCAGAUAAAAAGCUCUUUGACGAUAUCAUAGCAGGAUUUAGACUGUCGGGUUGGAUGAGAGACUCGCAGGUGUUCAUGAGUUUGCCCCGUCCUCCUAAACUUACAUUGGAAGCCCUUCUCAAGUCCUCUCUUGGUUUGCAGAAAGCAGUGCUCAAACGUGUCCGAGAACCCGAGGACGCAGAGUUACACCUUGCUGCUUGGGAGGAAACUCAAGCUGAAUGCGAGAGGAAGUGGAUCUGGGAGGACACGUCCGGUGACCUUCAGAGCAAAAUCAUAGCGCACCGAUUUGGUUUAAGGCAAAACGAAAAGGUGAGGGUCAUUGACAACUUCAAGCAGUGUGGGUUGAACGAUGCGUGCGGACUUCCCGAGAAGUUCACUUUGCAUGGGGUGGAUUUUAUUGCUGCCUCCUUGAUAAGAGCGUUGGUGCUGCAUCGGAAGUCAAACACUGUCUCCUUGAAAGGAAAAACCUUUGAUCUUAAAGCCGCAUACAAACAAUAUCCCAUCCACCCCACCGACAGACAGCACCUCAGGAUCGCCAUUUGUGAUCCAAACACGGGCCAGGCAAAGCUCUAUGGUUUGAACAGUCUCCCCUUCGGAGCUACGGGGAGCGUAGCUGGCUUCCUCAGGGUCAGCUCGGCCCUUUUCUACAUUUUGAGUGUGGGCUUGAAAGUAUGGUGCAGCGCGUUCUUCGACGACUUCCCAACAAUGGCAGCUGAAGAGACCGCUGCGCCAACUGACAAGUGCGUUGGUUUCUUGUUUGACCUUCUUGGAGUGCAGUAUGCAAAGGAAGGCAAGAAAAACCAAACCUUCAGCAAUGAGAUGAGAGCGCUGGGCCUAAUCUUUGACCUGACCAAGUUCGACGAAGGUGUGGUCUUCAUUAAGCACACACCUGAACGUAGGUUGGAGCUGUCAGAAAAGAUACGAUCGAUCCUGAAAGCCAACGAGUUAUCUCCAAAGGACGCUGAGUCUUUCAAGGGCAGAGUGCAAUGGUUCGAAAGUUUUCUGUUUGGCCGAACGGCAAACCUUGCUAUUCACCGUCUGGGGAAGCGAGCCCUUAUGAAAGGGGGAAGGCACAGUUACAAACUCGAUGCAGAACUUCAAACCUCCUUGGAAUUCCUGCGACAUAGAGUUGAACAUGGAGCUCCUCUCCAGCUGACUGCCAUCACGGAGCGGUCAAUUCUGAUCUUCACUGACGGAGCCUUUGAUGAAGAGACAGGCGCUGGGUCAAUUGGUGGAGUUCUUUUGGAUCAUGACGGCACGGUGCUCAACUAUUUCAGUGAGCAGGUGCCUAGCCUGUUGAUGAAACGUUUCUUGAAAGAGGCGGAGAACCCUAUUUACUUGGUGGAACUGUUGGCAGUACAUGUUGCCGCCUUUCUUUGGGGUGGCCAGGCGUUUGGUAGGUACAUUGUGAUGUACAUUGACAACGAAGCUUCUCGCAUGGCCUUGGUGAAGGCCUAUUCCUCCACUCCUCUUGGAAAUGUUGUGAUCCAGCUCUUCGUGCAGGAAGAAGACCAGCAUCAAUGGAAGGGUGCCUUUCAAAGAAAGGGCUUUAGGGAGUACGCCCAACGUAUUUGGGCAUCGUGUGACGCGAUGGAGCCAGAUGAGCCCUUGAGGGGCUUCCGGGCGAGGUGGCAGGCGCGAGCUACGGCGUCUGAUGCCAGCCCGGGGCUCGAUGGGAAUGACGCCGAUGGCUGGGAAGAAGUCGGCUUGGGCUUUGAGGACGGCCCAGAACAUGCGGAGCCAGCGGUGGAGAGGACUGAGAUGGAAGUCCAAGAGAGGUUGGAUGCCGCCAACUUGGGACUUCAAAGGGCGGUGGAGAACGUGACCCCGGAGGAGCUUGAGGCCUAUUGGGGUGUCUUACCACCGGGGGUCAAGGAGUUAGUGACCAUGAACGGUGAGGUCUCUGCUGAUCUCCUUGCGUACGUGGCGGACACAGACCAGGAGAGGAUGGACAUUAUGAGGCAAUAUGGUUGCCCGGAUCAUGAGUUGGUCGAAAAGGCCACGGUGCUGGAGGCCUUGCAGUUGGCCGCUGAGGAAAAGGUAGCGCGGCUGAGGAGGAACAGAAUUGCAAAGCGGGGUGCGCAGAUGGCAGUCGACAUGGCGGCCAAGGCCAAGGCGCACAGACAGAGAAUUGCAGGUGAACUCAAGGAAGGAGAGGUGCCGACCAAGACUUGGCUGGAAAAACACUCAGGAGCAAUUCUGUUGAGAAGUCGGAGGAGAUCGACAGAUGCUGAGCUCGAUACAGAGACGGUCGAGACUGUGAAGCGUCGGGAACAGCGCCAAUGGGAGGUGGAAGCAGGAAAGGUGGUAGAUGUGCUGGAGGAGAAUGCCGACCUCCCAAUAGUGCGGGGGGCUGAGGACUCAAAAGAUCCCCGUGAGUUCCUCAAGGCCACAGUGGGGGCGUACCGAGCGUCCACCUUGAGGAAGAGACUCAGGGAGUGGAAGAAGUUCCUGACGUGGCUGGAGAUCGUCCACCAGGUGAGGUGGCCUUCCCGCAGGGCGCAUGCGAUAGACUACCUGGUGGAGCUGAGGCUGACUGAGGCCCCCCCUACGGUGCCGCAGUCCUUUGGGACGACACUGGCAUUCUUUGAGAGGGCCGCUGGUAUCGGACCAGGAGCAGCCAUUUCUUCAGAUGUGGCCUUCAAGAGGGCGUUGGACAUGACCAACAAGGAGAUGGAGCAAAAGAGGCCGGAGAAGAAGCAAGCGCCAUUGCUGCCAUUGAAGGUGAUAGCAGCCAUGGAGAUGCUGGUCGUGAGCCCGAGCAACGGAACCUUCGUGCGGUUCUCUGCAUGGUGCAAGCUGGUCAAGAUAUGGACGGCCAGCAGGACAGACGACCUCCAGGGGAUUUCACUGAAGGCCAUGAAGUUCACCAAGGCAGGGUUGCACGGCAUCUUCUGGAAGACGAAGGUCUCGGGGCCUGGGAAGAAGAACAAGAUUCUUCCCUUCAUGAUCAGCCGGAGGGUGAGCAUCACAGGCUUGCCGUGGCUGGAGACCGGGAUGGCUAUCCUGGAGGAACGGUACUGGUACCCGAGGGACUACCUGGUGCCGGUUUUCCCUUGUGGAUUGGAGGACCUCGAGGAGAAGAGGCCAGCCACGUACGACGACUUCGUGGUGAUGACCAGGGUGGUAUACUCCCGUUUGAAGGAGUGCUUUUAUGAAGAUGGGAGAUGGGUGUCCGGCAGGGGCCCAUUGCUGCUGCCGGAGCUCUACAAACUCUGGACGGAGCAUUCGGUCCGCUCAAAGGAUCGUGGCCAAUGUAGUCUCCUGGACAAACUCCGGAGUGAUACGGAGUGGGACUUGAAGAACUCGGGCCUCGAGGAGGUGAAGGACCACGUCGUCGCGGUGAAGUAUGACGAGGAGUCCAUCAGGAGACAAAUGUGGAAACUGGAGAUGCCGGAGAUUUGGACACCGGUAGAUUUGGACGACCCUGAACGUCCAGCGGUGGAGAAGUCCCCAGGGGCCGAGGCCGAAGAGGUGGUGAAGCGACUGCCGGACCCUCCAGCGGAGGUGCCGACCAUCAAAGAAUUGAUGGAUGAAAGAGCUGGAGCCGAGGACGUUGGAAGUGAAGAGGACGACGUAGACGUCCAGGGAAAAUUCUUCGUGGCCAUCAAUGUCCGCAACCGCCACCGGAAGCUCCACAUUUGGGGCAAAUGUGGGACCAAGCCUGGUCAGAACUUUGCGGCUUAUGAGCCCCAUGACAGCCUGAAGGGAGUCAAGUUCAACUCCAUUUGUGGACACUGCUGGAAGGGCAAAGACCCUGCAGAAGCAGAAGACAGCUCGACGACGUCCAGCUCGAGCAACGUGUCGGAAGCGGCGUUGGAAGCCGCAGACUCAGACUUGAAGGCGGAAGUCCGUACGGCGCUCAACGCCGAAAUCGGACUGGACCACACAGCAGGGAAUGCAGAGAGGCGCAGCACCGCUUUGGUGCUUAGCGCAUGGGAGACAUCGAGGACGCAGCAGAAGUCCAGCGAUGAGACUAGGGCGGAGGCCCGGGCAGCAAUGGUGCCAAGGCCGGUCCCGGUCAGUGAGCACGCGAUGCUCAGAGAAGCCCUUGAGAACCAAAUCGGGCGUUUGAGGGACUAUGAGGUUCCCGCCAAGAGCCUCAUCGCGGCGAAGUUGGACGACAUCGAAACCAACCUGCCGAAGUUGGAGGACCUCAGAGAUGUGGCCUCAGUGGAGGAUGGAGAGGCAGACUUGCUCCAGGGAAGCCUGGAUGCCGCCACAGGAACCUUCAAGAUGAAGGCGGCACGCAACACAGUGACUAUGCCGAAGACGGCAGAAGAGCUCCGCUUGAGGCACCGCCGUAUAGGCCUAGCCUGGGAAAUGGCCAGGACAAAACACAGGAACCGUGUUUGGCUGCAAGGAGGGCUGGUGGAGGCCUAUCGCCACUUGAGCGAUCACGUGCUUGGGAAGCAUGUGCAUGGAUUACAACUACCACAUGAACAAAAACCCCGAUGGGAGUUAGUGCUCGGGUACGAGCAAGAGGUUCGAAAACGUGCCUACCAACUGCUACGACGAGGUGAAGAGCCCACGUUGGAGGAUGCAAUGAGGAGGGCCAUCAGCGACCCGGAGACGAUGAACCUCCACUUUGUGGUGCCGCUGACCACAAGCAUCGCGGCAAGCUACAGCAGUGGUAGUGGUGGCCGCCAGGGGGGAACACCAGCAAAGCCGGGUCAGGGAGGGGCACAGAGCCCAAGCAAAGGCUCCAAGGGAGCUGGACGUGGCCCAAAACCGGUCAAGAAACUACAGGUGAAGACACCUGAUGGAAGACCGUUAUGUUUCAAGUAUAACAAUAACAACAAGUGCGUGGCCAAGAACUGCAACUUCGUGCACCAGUGCCAGCGCUGCCUGGGAAACCACCCCAAGUCGGCGUGCAACACAGUCAGGGGCGACACGGCCAAGGCCAGUGCCCCAGCAGAACUGAAAGAGAAGGCUGACCUCGGCACGACAUUAGUCAUGAGGUGCAUCGAGGCUUUGGAGCUGGCGCCGGACAAGACAGUAUGCCUCUGGGAGCACCCAGAAGAUUUAGGCCGAGCACGCAACGGGACGCCAGCAAGUGUGUGGCAACUUGAAGCCCUGCGCAAGGUAGCAAAGAAAAGAGGCAUGGACACCAUUGCCUUCCACCAAUGCACCUACGGAGCUGACUACCCCAAGCCAACAAGAUUUCUGAGCGACGCUAAGGGGCUUCUGCAGCUGGGAUUUGGCGGCUGGCCCAUUUUUAACAAGGACUUAUACUACUUGGGCCCCUUACCCCGCACCUGCGGGCAUUCACACCAACCUCUGAUCGGAGCAGAGUCCGGAGGGGGCUUCAAGACAGGGCCUACAGCGGCCUACCCCCCAGAGAUGAACCUGAUGAUCGCAUCAUUGCUGUUCAACCAUUGGCACCAAAGCCAACCCACGACGCCUGUCGGAGGGGGAGAGGAUCAACAGCAACACGGGGAUCAACAGCAACAUGGGUGCGCGAGGGUUGGCAAAGUGGACGAGGUGGAUUCAUGCAAAACGCGGAUGGCAACAGAGGAAGACCCAGCAUUGGAGCUGGCCAAGACGGUGGAGAAGGAGAGAGGAGUUGCUUCGUACCCCAUGAGGGGGCCAGGACAGAAGCUCUUUCAUGACGGGGCAGGUCUGUGCUCCCAGGGGAAUAGAAGACCGGCCUUCCGGGAUGUAUCUGUUAUGAGCAGCUUGGGGGAAGAGCUACUGGCCUUGACGACCGAGGAAGACUUGAGGAACGAUCUGUAUAGGCUGGCCUUGGGAAGAUGUGAGGGCCCGCCCUUCCGAAAAGGUGUCGUGGAGGCGGCAAGGAACCUAUGGCUCGGGCACUUAUCCCGGAGAUCCGGGGUUGAAAGAGCGAAGCUGGAGCACGUGGAGCCCCGGCAACCAUUCAUGUUAGCGGCCAUCGCAGAACACUUCAAGAUCAUUGGGGACCCGGACUGGUCGGCCUUCGGCACGGGACCAGGCAGUUUCAGGACAGGUGUCCCACUGGGGGUGCAAGGUAUGCCACGUGUCCCCGAAGUCUUCGAAGCAAAGGAAAAGUGGCGCAAAUACGAGCCUGUCCCCUGGCCUGCGGACAAGAGCAACUACACCUCAGCGGUGGACAACGCAGAGGCGGUGCAGAGACAGUUCCGUAAGGAGGAGGCCCUAGGAGCCAUGGUGGAGAUGGACGAGGGGGCCGCGAGAAAGAGGUAUGGUGAUAGGUUGAGGGUGGCUGCUCUGGCAGCCCUGGAGAAAUCGGACCACAGCUUUCGGGUGGUGCACGACGCGACUCACAAUGUCGGUGUCAACUCCCAGAUCAAAGUGGAGGACCAGCUGAGAUACCCGGGGCCCGCAGAGAUCAAGAUGGCGAUGAGGGCUCUAUUCCCCCCGACCUUCAUCCUGGCAGCAGAUAUUGCCCGAGCCCACCGACUUGUGUUGGUGCGAGAGGAGGACUGGGGAUACCAGGCGUGUCGCACCGGGGUGGAUGAUGGUGGGGGGAACAGUGAAAAGGUGUGGCUCAACACCGUUGGCACCUUCGGUGUGACGUCGGCGAGCUACCACUUCACCCGGCUCUUCGCGGCAAUCACAAGGUGCGCCCACUCCCUGUUGGCCAGGCGGGACAGCUGCCAGCUGACCUACGUGGAUGACCUUCUGUUCAUGGCCAACGGCCUUGGAGGGCUGGUCCCCGCAGCGAUCAUCUUGAUCUUGACCUUUCUCAAAGCGACGAUGGUACCCGAGAUAGCCCGCACCAAGGUGAGAGUCUCACCGGAGGUGGAAGGAGAUCACAUCUUCAGGUCUGAUGCGAAGGCCGAGGGGGAGACCGUAGUCAUUGGGGGUUGGUGCUGUGGCGACUCCCACGACAGGGGACGAUGCCGGUGGUUCUCCGUGAGGUUGGAUAGGAACAACGCCCCGUGGGUCUUUGAAGCCGGAGAACCGUACAGAGCUAUAGCGUCACUGGAGCUGUUGGGAACCCUGGCAUCCCUCAAGGCUUUCCCGCCAGCCCAGGGCAGCGCCCGGAGCUUUUGCCUUUCGGCCGGCACAGACAACCUGGGGAACCGACACUUGGUCUCCCGCCUCUUGACGACGAAGUUCCCAUUGUGCAUCAUCUUGAUGCAGUUGGCCUGGACGCUUCACUGCAAAGACUUGGAAUUGAGGUUGGACUGGUUACCAAGGCUACAGAACCGGGAGGCCGACGCUCUCACCAACGAGGACUUUAGUGGAUUCAACAUGGAUUUACGGGUCGAGAUAAAGCCAGAGGAGCUCCUGGAGGAACAGUUCAAGGAGCUUUUAGAAAAGGGAGGUGAGCUCUUUGACGAAAUCAAAGAGCUCCGAAGGAAGAGAAAGGCGGGAGUGAUGAAGUCACUUCCUGCCAACAAGAAGUCCAAAGCGACGGACUUGAUUGGUCGAUGGUGA